GGAAGCCGAGGCUCCCGGGACCCAGAGACAUCUAAGAUUGGGCCCUAGGGGCUCAUCAUUACUGGUUCCAGAUCCGUUUCCUGACCGGAACAAAGCAGAUGAGGAACCGAGUCGGGAGCAAUGGAGUGGCCACCUGCUCAGAAGCAGGGGGACUCGAAGGAAGAACAGGGAGGCCCGGCCCACACGGACCUGUGUGCUACUCAGCUUUCCGAAGACACCCUCGGGUCCUGCACUGAUGAGGUGCUGAGCUGUUCGCUUUCCUCCACGUCUGAGAGCCCCCCAGAGAGUGAAACGCCGACCACAAGCUCGGAAGAACGAGAAGGGCGGUCAGAAUUUUCAGUCCUGCAGAACGAGGAAAAUAAGCUAACUGAAAAGUUGAUCAACCACCUCAGGCUGAAAGAAACUAACGCUGAAAGAUACCAUCCCGACAGAAAACGUCCGACGGAAACACCCGAGAGAUCCCCUGAAGAACUGAAGGCCCUGCAGUCUUUUUGUACCACUAAAUUAAACCUGAUCCGCCAGAAAACGGGUUCUAGAGCUCAGAAAAGCAACAGACGCAAAAGGUUGCAGCGCAGAUGGAUUGCAGAGACCUCAGAGGUGGAAGCUUUAAAUGGUGCUGUCCCUGAUGAACUGUUGAACAGGGUCUAUUUGAAGAACACGAGGGCAGCCCUAGCGCACAUAAGGGCAGUGAAGCAACACGUCCCUUCCACGUGUCCCAGCUGCAACAGCAAAAGGGCGGAGCUGGCUCAGUCCGACUUCCUGAAACAAAGGAAGACCUUCCUGGAGUCCCUGCUUCUCCAAGAGAAAAUAGAUGAACACCUUCAUACCACAGACUUCCUCACCCGUGUUGGAGAAGCACAUCACGGUUUCCCCAGGCUUUCAGAUGAUCCCAGGAUCAUCUGGAAGCGACUGACUGAGAAAAUUCAGACAGCAAGCUCCGGCUUCGGGAGGGCAGAGUCGAAGCAGGUGUAAAAAGACUGUACAAGUACUCUACCGCUUCUCAACUCACUUUUCAAAUGAGAUAGGAGCUGCUGACUACUAAUGAUGAUUUAUUAUGUGCCCAACCGAGGGAUGGUGACUAUUAAUGCUUAGAGGUAUCAUGGGGUGUGCUUACAAGUUUCUGUUGUGUUUGAAUACAUUUUUUUUUUCUUGUAGAGGGAAUUUAGAAAGUGUUUCUUUCAAGAAGGUCUAAAUUAUACCAUCCAGGACAAUUGUAGUAGUCACGAACCUUUUAUAAUCUAGGGGAAAGGUAGAUGUUGGUUUGGAGUGAUGGUUGACAGUGUACAGAAAAUUAAACAGAUGUAAGAUAGGAAGCAGGGGCUGGCUUUGAUGAUAUGGUUGCAGGGAUUUAAUAAAAGCUAAAUAUCAAAAAGGCACCAGGAUUCUGAAUAUUGUACUUGAUACUUGAAUGAAUAGUAAUUUCCCUAAGAGAGCCUGCUUGUUAGUUUCUAUCUACUUGACAAAAACUUGAGUCACCUUGGAAGAGGGGCCCUCCAUCGAGGAAUUGCCUCUAUCACGCUGGCCUAUGGCAUGUUUCUGUGUGUGUGUGGAGGGUGUUACUUUAUUAAUGAUUGACGUGGGAAGGGUGGUGCCAUCCUUGUUUAGGUAGUCUGGGGCUAUGUAACGCAGUAAACUAAGCAAGCCAUGGAAGGUAAGCCAGAAGGUUUUAUGUUCCCAUGCUUUCUACUUUAGUUCCUUCCAAAGUGUUUGUAUCUUGAGUUUCUGUCUUUGUGUCCCUUCAUAAUUGACAUGAACCUGUAAACUAAAUAAAUAUUUCCCUCCUCCAAA